AGUCUUGCACAGGUGUACCGGCUCCUCCCCUUCAGUCUUGCACAGGUGUACCAGAUCCUCCCCUUCAGUCUUGCACAGGUGUACCGGAUCCUCCCCCCUUCAGUCUUGCACAGGUGUACCGGAUCCUCCCCCUUCAGUCUUGCACAGGUGUACCGGAUCCUCCCCUUCAGUCUUGCACAGUUGUGCCAUCUCCUCCCCUUCAGUCUUGCACAGGUGUACCGGCUCCUCCCCUUCAGUCUUGCACAGGUGUACUGGCUCCUCCCCUUCAGUAUUGCACAGGUGUUCCGGCUCCUCCCCUUCAGUCUUGCACAGGUGUACCGGCUCCUCCCCUUCAGUCUUGCACAGGUGUACUGGCUCCUCCCCUUCAGCUCACUACCAGCUCCCCCUUCAGUCUUGCACAGUUUUACUGGCUCCUCCUCUUCAGUCUUGCACAGGUGUACUGGCUCCUCCCCUUCAGUCUUGCACAGGUGUACUGGCUCCUCCCCUUCAGUCUUGCACAGGUGUACCGGCUCUUCUCCUGGAUUCUUUCAAUCUGUCAGGGAUCCCGGGUCC